UCAUUUUAGGCUGCUGCUGGUGUGACUCCGUCUGCAGCAGAGCAUCAUCAUGGGACGAACGCCGCAGAGAGAUCAGAAAGAGGAGAAGAAGGAAAGACGCAGCAGCAUCACAGGAGGCUCCGCCCUCGACAAAUCCAGCGAACCGUUCAGCUGGGAGGAAUAUCUGAGAGAAACGUCUUCCACCGCAGCGUCGCCUUCGUGCUUCAAACAGUCCAGAGUUCCCCCCUCCAAUGACUUCAAAGCAGCCAUGAAACUUGAGGCACGGGAUCCUCGAAACUCUAACUCAGUGUGCAUCGCCACGGUGAUGGGUAUGAUGGGAACUCGUCUACGACUGCGUCUGGAUGGCAGCGACAACACUAACGACUUCUGGCGGCUGAUUGACUCAUCCGACAUCCAACCAAUAGGAACUUGUGAAAGGACCGGAGAUAUGCUGCAACCACCCCUUGGUUUCAGGAUGAACGCGUCCUCCUGGCCCAUGUUCCUCCUGCGGACGCUCAGCGGCGCAGAGAUGGCCCCGGCUUCUGCUUUCAAGAAGGAACCGCCCAUCCCCGUUAAAAACUUGUUCCAGCCCGGCAUGAAGCUGGAGGCUGUGGACAGGAAGAACCCCUACCUCAUUUGUCCCGCCACAGUGGGAGAAGUCAGAGGUCAGGAGAUUUUUGUCAUGUUUGACGGCUGGAGAGGCGCCUUCGACUACUGGUGCCCCUUCGACUCCAGAGACAUCUUCCCCGUCGGCUGGUGUGCCCUCACGAAGCACAGCUUGCAGCCGCCCGGAAACUUUUUCACCCUCCCCGGUGCGCUCCUCACUCCGGUGUCUUCCACCUCAGCAGCGCGCCGCUCGUCCCUCAACUCCUCCUCCUCCAUGCAGACCUCAUACCGGCUGCCCAACCCCUUGCCGCCCCUCCCCGUCCGCAAGGGCGUACGAGGUCGUCGUCCCAAAUCCCAGACUAUUGCUUUGUUGAAGGCGGCGGCCGAAGCGGCGGCUGAAGCGGCUGCGGCAGCAGCAGUAAAUGGAGCGUCACAGGGCCCAGCCGGGACCAGCUCAGAGACUCCACUGGCCCCCAGACCACACAAGAAGAGAGGGCCCAAACCCAAGGGGAAGAAGAAGCCUCGGGUAGGGCAGUCCCUGGGGGCGUCACCCGUCACAACAACACCACCUCCAGAGACCAGACUCAGCACCGGCCACGUCUCAGUGGACAAUCACCUUAGCAACAGCUCAAAUGUAGUUUGCACAGUGUGUGUCUAUGUUAACAAGCACGGUAACUACGGUCCACAUCUCGACCGGAAACUGGUGCAGCAGCUGCCGGACCACUUCGGUCCUGCUCCCGUCAACGCCGUGCUGCAGCAGGCCGUGCAGGCCUGCGUGGACUGUACGUACAAGCCCUCGGUGCUGCUGUCCUUUCUGCAGAGCCAGUCUCACACAGGAGGAGAGGUCAUCAGAGUCCGGUCGGAGCAUGGUAUCCGCUACGUGAAGCUGCCCUCGGCCUCCAGCGCGUCGUCUGUGCUGAGGUUCUUGGAGAACAUGUGCCAACAUCUGGAGAGCGACACUCUGUUCAGCUCGCAGCCUUUUAACCCCUACAGCAACAACACACGCUUCUACAACAGAGCAAAGUCAGAACCAUCGUCUAUCACUGAGAACGGCCUGUCCAAUGAUGACUCCUCAAAGGAUUCCCACCCUCUUAACAACACGUUAGACUACAGAGCAACAAAGAGGGAGCGACCGUACUACCCUGGACACACGCAAACGCCGUCACCCCUUCGUCGCGUCAGCUCCAACCCUGCUGAACUCGGCCCUAUGAGCACACACAGACGAGUGGAGGCAGCUAGCUCAACAACUGGCCCAGAUCAUAUGAAACAAGACAAAGAGAGUUCAGGAAACGGUGCCUCUUCGUGGUCUGUUGAAGACGUCAUACGGUUUGUCCAGGAGGCUGAUCCUCACACUCUGGGGCCACACGUUGAUCUGUUCAGGAAACACGAAAUUGACGGCAAGGCGCUGAUGUUGCUGCGCAGUGAUGUUAUUAUGAAGUACAUGGGACUAAAACUGGGCCCAGCACUCAAGCUGUGUCAUCACAUCGAGAAGCUGAAACAGUCCAAAUAGUCGGGGACGACAGCACCCGUCUCACUGGCAACUCUACCAGACACGCAUCAUUCGGCAGGGAUGCAGUGCAGCUCAAAUCCACUGUGGACACUAACGUCAUGUUCUCCCGUACUUUUUUGUGAGAAUGAAGUUUUAGUAAAAGGACAAUGGUCAAUUUUUAAAUCCUUUUUGAGCCGAGACUGGAAAAAUAAAGACUCCAGCGUACUCCUCUGACUUCCAUUCAUGGCAAUUCAAAUCAGAAUUUUGAUGUUUCAAGAGAGAAAAUUCAUAUGAAGAACAAUUUGAAAAUUAAAAAAAACAACUGAAAUUUUCUUUUUCAACCUCACCUUUUCAAAAAUGCUAGCAACUGCCAUGGACACAGUUUUCUGUUUUGAACUUCAAAGCAGAUAUCUAUUUACAGUAAAUGUGUGUAGCAACAAUUAUGAUCAAAAAUCACAGACUUAGUGUGAAUGUUAUUUGUUUCCUUCCUUUUUUUUUGCCUUAUUGUGAAUAUCUGGAUGCCGUAAUGAAUCAGUCCUUUUCAGUCUAACUCUGCAUUGCCACUUUUACACACACUCCCAGGGACACACACGUCUCCUUUUUAUGUUUUCAAAUGACUGGCUGUUAAAACAUUUAUUUCUCUUCUUCAAAAACUGAGGUUGGGCAGACUGAAUGCUGGGAAGGUUGGUUCAGGUAUGGGCGUGAAUGUGUCGCUGCAUCAUUCCACCAAUGCAAUAAGAAAAGUUCUGAGUGACUGCCUUUGUUACAGACAGAUUUAUUUCAUCCAUGCCAGUGAAAGCAGACUAUAUUCGUUAAAAAGAAAAAAGAAAAAAAGCUCUCCCAAAUUAUGUGAAUUUAAAGUGUUUAUGGGUUUUGUUCCAACAUCUUUGGACCUCCACCCAGUCUUGUUUGCUGAAGUCAAUCGUCGUAUGAAUAAUUCUGGUCCCUACUAUUAUAACUGACAGAUAUUACAUAAUAACCGUAGGAAAGUGGGCAUUCCAAUUAAAUGAUGGAAAACUUGUUUUAGAAGAAAACGUCUUGAAGCAGAGUACCGGCUACUGAAUAAUUAUCAUUUGUGCCUGUUUGCAUUCUGGCCGACAUUCUUGCUUGCCGGUUUCAGCUUGCACACGGAUGUGGCAACAGGACUGUGUUAUACUUUUAGAGCCACACUAUCAAAUACACACCAUCAUACACGAAACCUACAGGUACGGUGACCACAACACUUUUAAGUGUUUUAACAUGAGACAAAAGUGACAACAGUCAGGUUUGAGUGCUGUACAGGAAAAGCUCCUUCCUGUGAGAAAUGGUUUUGUAUAAAGUUAAGCUAAAAGGUUGGUUUUGAUAUCUUUUUUUGUACUGUUAAAGAAAAAGUAUUAACCUGUAUCAAGCGUAAGUGUAAUCAUUUUUUUCUGCCUGAAAUAGUUUUUGUGCGCACCAUCAAUAACUGAAGGACAAUACUGUGUCUGAGUGAUUAUUCACAUUUCAAAAUGUUUGUCUGUUUUUGAUGGCAGAAAUAGUCAUUUUCUGAACAUUUCAGAAUCAUUUUCAAACCAAAUUAUGUCUCUUGUAGCUGCAUUUCACACUGUUGCUCUCCUGUAGUGGUAACAAGUUGAUCCUUGAAACCAUCUUGCUUUAAUGUGAAACUCAGGUUUUUAGUGAGGGUUGUUUCUUAUUAGAAAAUGUUUUACAUCCUAGCUGUUUGUGUUCAUUACUACAGCAUAGAAGGACUGCACAAUAACCUACUAUGUAUAUUUUUAAUGCCUUGUCAUCUAUUGGUCUGUAGCAUUUUAAUGUGUCCAAGUUUUUACUAUAAGUUCAGCAAAAGAUGUUUGUAAAAUAUGUUUGCUAUGCAUUCACACAAAUAAACAUUUGUUUUACAUCACCU